CACGGUUCUCUGAGCGUGUGUGAUGUGACUGGUGUGAUGUCUAAGCCGGGGUCCAGUAUGCAGUCAGUGAGGGUGGAACCGAGGACCUUUUACAAGGACAGCCAGGGCGCCAAAUCAGUGGAUUUUGUGUAUGUGAACUCGGCAUAUGUGGGGAGCGUUGAUGACGUCAACCAGAGUCGCCUGCAACAGCCCCCAACAACGGUAAUCAGAGAACAAUACUGGGCCUGUUCUAAAUGGCCUCUGGGACAGAGAGUACUCGCGAUCACCGUGGGAGUCCUGCUCGGGGCUGUGAUAAGCCUAACCAUCCUGGUGGUCAUUAGAGGCGAGGAUAGCGACAUAGCCAACAUCCUCAGAACUAUACCAGCACCGGACUAAAGAGUUCCUUCCUUCAGAGUUUAUUAGACUUAUGCUUAUCCUAUAGGGUUAUAUAUUUUAUCAACCGACUUCAAAAACGGAGGAGGUUAUUAAU